AUGGCAAGACCUAGCCGUCUCCCGCAGGACGCCAAUGACCUCCUUCUGUACAAACCCCCCGAGGGAGUAAGCUUGAACACAGAGCCAGGCAUCACUGUUGGAGCGGAAGAUGAGAUUAGCGACACCAACUCUCUGCGUGGCAUGUUUGCGGAAACGAACACGGUUUACCAGGGCUGCUACAUGCGCGGGCCGCCGGAUGUAGUCCAAUACGAUAGUCGCUCUGGGGACUUUGUCUGGAGAGAAGACACAUUCAAAAACUUUCCUGUCCAUGCUGUACAUGACUUCAAGACACUGCGUGGACGCCCAGACCUCUGUUUCUUUGACAAGACCGACUUCAUCAUGACCCUCGAGUCCUUCCCUGAGCCAGCCCUUGCCAUCCACGAGCCCGUGAAAAAGGGGCAUCUGAAUCCAGGGCGCUACUUUGUCCUACAGUUUGAUUUCUCUGCAGUUGAUCGGUCUCCGGACCGAAAGGAAGCCAGGCACAACCUGGACCUGAUGCUGAACGCAUCGAUCAAGCAGUUCUACAGGAUAUAUGAACCAUAUCUCCGAAUGUCGGCCGAUUAUCUCAUUGAGAACUUUAUCAAAAACACUGCCGCGGCAAGUUUGACAGCAUGCGUGAAUGUUGUGCAUAAUAUACUCGCCAAUAACAAGAGUCCCGAGGACCCUCUUUCAAUGAUCAAGGGAAUUUACCUUAUGGCGGACGAAUAUGACAGCUACAGCAAUGACUAUCUCGUCCCCAUUGACAGUGUUCAGUCGAAACUACCGCGACGGGCCGACGCCGACAGCAUGCUGAAGGGAUUCUGGGCGUCUGUGACGAAUGGGCUGGGAGAACGCAAGAUUGCCCAAUGCUAUAUUACGGGUGUCUUGCCACAAUCUUUGGUGGACAACACGUCCGGAUUCAACGUGGCUCGAUAUGUGUCCUGGGAACCAGAGCUCGGAGGUUAUUGUGGUUUGACGGAAGCGGAUAUCACUGCUGCACUAAAGAAAGUCUGUAAGUCCACCGCCAAAGCAAAGAAGCAUUUUAAGAUCAUGAGAGAUCAUUACAACGGGUUCAACUUCGUUCCUGGCGGACAAGGACCAUUAACAUAUAACACAAACACAUGUCUCGAGUACUUGCAGUGCCUCGUAGAGGGAGAGCCGAUGAAUUAUCCUCGCUCAGUCACCUACUCUGAGGUCUCGGGAGCAUCACUGCGGCUACUUGCGGCAUCACCAGUGGCGACGCAAUUGUUAGAGGACGGACUCUUCAGCGGAAGCGAGCAAGGCAAGAAUGUGGAAGAGAGAGUGAUCCCUUUUAACAAAAUCGGGCAACCAUUUACUCUCGCAAGCCUGGCUGGAGACCUUGCCAGAAGCAAGGCGGCGUGGCUUUCAAUCAUGGUACACCUUGGUGGACUGACGUUUUGUGUCGGCAAGAACGCACUACGGAUUCCGAACUUGGUGGCUGCAGAGCGAUUUGGGAGCACUAUUCUGCACAAGCAUCAAGCAACUCUGGAGGAUGUAAAUGGUGCGUUUAAGUUACUUAUCGACGAUGGAAACAUCGACAGAAUCCUCGGACUAUACGCCCGCGGUAUGCAGGAACAUGAUGUCGGAGCUCGUGAUUUCAAAAAGAAGGAGGAGGAUCACUGCAACUCGAUGCGUUUCACCCUACUGGCUAAUGUCCACCCGUCACUUCGGAAAGUUGGCGUCGAGACGACCAUUACCAAGCCUUCGGGAACGCCAGGUCGAAUCGACAUGCUGGUAUCCGUUCCGUCGCGGAAGAGGUUGUUUGUUCUGGAAUGGAAGUCCAUCCAAAUCGACUUCAUCAAAAUUGGAUCUGGAUCACCAUCGAAAAGGGCCAAUGCCCUCGCGGACAUUACCGAUCCCAGCGAGGUGUUGGACCUAAAGUUCAAGAACGACAAAUUUCGAGCUGGCCAGACCAUCAAUGAAUGGAUUCUGAUUGGACCGAAAGGUGGCAAGGGGUAUUCCCCUCAACAACAGCUUCGUGACUAUGUGCAGAGCCGAGAGAUCAAAAAGUGGGAACAGGAUGGCUAUACGAUCACGCCGGUUCUUGUGGUCGUAGUUGGAUCUCGCCACGUUCUUUUGUGGAAUCUUGAAGGCGACAAGCUCGAUGCUUUUCCACGACUCGCGCUCGAGUGA